AGCGCUGCUGUGGGACCAGACGGUGCUCAAGAGGAAGAGGAGGAACAGCUACCCAGCAGCUCUGGUUUCCAACCUCUGCAGGACCCUUUGUGUAUGACAAUUCAUUUUGAGCGCAGGACGGCUGGGGAGGGUGGGGAGUGGGGAAGGAUGAGCGCAAACAGCCCCUCUUGGGACCAGGCUAUUCUCCAGCCUCCUGUGUGUGAUGCCUGGAAGGAGAUUAUGGAGGAAGCAGCCUACCAGCUGGCCAGCUGCAUUGUCCUCCUGGGUUACAUGGGGGGAAGUGGCAUCUUUGGGUCCCUCUAUAUAUUUGGCCUCCUGGCCCCAGGCUACUUCUGCUAUGCUCUGUGGGGCUGGCUGAGCGCUUGUGGGCUGGAUAUCUUCAUCUGGAACAUGCUGCUGGUCCUCGCCUGCUUGCUUCAGCUGGCUCACCUGGCUUACCGGCUCCGCAGAAACACCAUCCCAGAAGAGUUUGACCUCCUCUACAAGACCAUGUACCUGCCCUUGCAGGUGCCCCUGGAAGUCUACAAAGAAAUCGUGAAGUGCUGUGAAGAGCAGGUGCAGUCGCUAGUCAGAGACCAGAAUUAUGCGGUGGAGGGCAAGACGCCCAUUGACCGCCUCUCGUUGCUGCUGUCGGGCAGGAUCCGAGUGUGCCAGGAUGGACAAUUCCUUCAUUACGUCUUUCCAUACCAGUUCCUGGACUCUCCAGAAUGGGAGUCACUGCGACCCUCUGAGGAAGGAACUUUCCAGGUCACGCUGACAGCCGAGACUGACUGCAGCUACAUCACCUGGCCGAGGAAGAAACUGUACCUCCUCCUGAGGAAGGACCGCUACAUCGCCCGGCUCUUCUCCUCCCAUCUGGGCUAUGACAUCUCGGAGAAGCUCUACUCCCUCAACGAGAAGCUCUUCGCCAAGUUUGGCCUCCGCUUCGACAUCCGCUUGCCCAGCCUCUACCAUGUCCUUGGGCCAGCCUCCUCCGAGGGGGAGUCGGAGGACUGUGAGGAGCUGAUGCCCAGCUCUGGCCAGGCCAGCGUCUCUGAGCCACCGCCACAGCCGCCGCCACCGCCACCGCCAGCUCCACGCCCCCGGGCAUCCCGGCCCGACAGUGACCUGCUGGCCUCUGAAAACCAUCUCCAGAGUUCUCACCCUCUCUGCAAAGGACGAGCCCCUCUGGCUCCCACUCAGACCCCCGAACUCUAGGGAACAACAGACUGUUUUGAUCCCAAAGCCCCUCCAAGGGAGCAGAUGCUCACACAGGUUUUUGACCAGAGACACUCUUUAGCAUGCAGAGACAUCUGCCAGCAGAUAUCUACACUCAGGAGCACAUGAAGCACAUGCUUAAGACUGCAGUGUGACACUCCAGCACCUCUCACCCCAUGGCUGUUCACCAGAGCUGCCUUCCCCAGCCUGCUUCCACGGUUUGUUUUCAAGUCCUGCCUCUCUGAGGUUGUCAGCAGCUCUGCCACCAAAGUGCACCAAUAUCCUGCGAGCAAUACAAGCCUGCUUGCAGAAUCUGUGUUCCCUUUGAUUCAAUGAUUCCCAUUAAAGUCAGAGAUGAAACUA